AUGAUUAAAAAAGUUACACAAUAUGGUUAUUUAGCGUCUGGUGAACGUUUUCAACGAUUGCACUACCAUUUUCAUUUGGGAGCUACAACCAUUGGAAUAAUUGUUGAUUGUGUAUGCUCGGCGAUAUGGAAAUUACUAUCUCCUAUUUAUUUGCCAUCACCAAAAAAAGAAGACUGGAUAAAAAUAGCAAACGAUUUUAAUGAAAUAUGGAAUUUUCCAAAUUGUGCUGGUGCAAUUGAUGGUAAACAUAGUUCUAUUAUUUGUCCUCCAGGUGCCGGAUCGGAAUAUUACAAUUAUAAGGGCUAUCAUUCAAUUGUACUACAAGCGGUAGUCAAUGCUCACGCAAAACAGUUAACAAAUGAAAAACGUAUUUAUAACUAUCGUUUAUCCCGUGCGAGGAGAAUAGUAGAGUGUGCAUUUGGAAUAAUGGUAAAACGAUUUAAUGUAUUGGAAAAUAAGAUGUUAGUUGGCCCCGAGAAAGCUACUAAAAUAACUCGGGCGAUAUGUGUGCUUCACAAUUUAAUUAUGACAAAGGAAGUAAACCUUGCAGAAAUUCAUAAUGAAAUUGAAAAUAAUCAUAAUCAAAAAGAAAUAAGAAACGAAGCAAAUAUUGUUCACCAUAACAGAUCUUCUAUAGCAUCUAUCGAACAACGUAAUAAGUUUAUGGAUUUUUUCAAUUCAGAAAAUGGUUCAGUUCCUUGGCAAGACAGAUAUUUAGUUUAA